AUGCUUGCGUCUGUGGAAAGAGUAAUUCUGUAUUACGAAGAAAGACGAGAUUUCAUUUAUGAGGUUGAAGAGCCUAAAAUGACCGGCCCAAGCAACUUACUCCACGCGCUGAAAGAGGUGAAAUAUGCCGAAAAGGAGCAAUUGGGAUCAGCUCCACAUACAGAGUUACGACGGAUUACGCUUUUUGAUCUAAUCAACGAAAAGGAACGUCGACAUAAACUUCGUUCCCCUCCGCCCAUACCUCCUAAACCCCUCGGACGAAAUGUGUCUUUCACGGAUCGAUCUCCUUCAGAGAAAAAGAGCGAGAACUCUGCUCCAAGGACUAUAGAAGCCUUGAAAUCGAUGAGCCUUAAGCAAACCCCUCCGUCUUUGCCAAAAUCUUUAAAAAGCGCUUCACCGAAGAACACCGUUGAUGUUUCAGCUGAUAUUUCUAAAAAUACUCAGGGUGUUGUAAAUACCGAGAAGGAAUCUACCCCGCCAAUCAGCCAAAACCCUUUUGUUCAGUGGGAUCGACUCAGGACACAACCGCUCUUAAAAUCGAAUAGCCAGGUAAUCUCCAGUUUUCAUAAUAGUUUCAGUUUUCAAGAAGAUUUAAGUGUUUCUCGUCCAGAAGGCAAGUCAGCUUCUCCUUGUUCAAGUGGAGUUGGAACAGAUGGCUUUGACGAAGAUGGACCCGUUACUAUUUCAUCUACAAACUCGGCGAACACACUGGAUUCUUCAUCUUCUCCUGAUUGGCCAAAACCAGAGAAAAUUACUGCUAGACCGAAGUCACAAAAAUGUUCACCGGAUACUUUGGAUAAAAGAAAGAGUCCAUGUGACGUUCCAAAGGAGACUGUUGAUGGUGCAGAAUUUUUUGUUGUAGACCUUAGUCCGGUUCGAGUGAGUCUCAUUGCCGCACCCAAAACAGAUGUUCUCAAUUUUGAAACUAAACUUGUCGAAACAGCUUCUAACGCAAGCAACAGUAGUAGAGCUAGCACCGUCUUCAGCUAUCCUUGGGAUUUGCCUCCACCUCAAUCAGAUCAUUCUUCCUCCUCAUCUACAACUCCACCAUGUCACCUGAAAUGGGCCGCUCUCCAGCAUCACCUCACAGAGUACGAAAAUAAAUCAGACCGUCGGGAUUCAACUCUUAAGGCAACUUCAGUAGAAACGAGAAAUUCAGAGGGAAAUGGGGUCGAUACCAAGCAAUGCAAGAAUGGUCUUUUCAAGUUGCCGACAGUUUUAUUAAACGAGAUGGAUAUACAUCCAUUUGAAAAAGCCGAUCCUGACAAGACUUCCAGCGGAGAUGAACAAUUUUUCGAAAUUGCUGAAGUUAAACCCACCACUCUUGACGACGGUUAUUCCUACAGAACGGAGAAAGAGUAUCUAUCGCCAAAACCUCAACGAAAUGAAGAACCAUAUGAUACAAUUAGAGAUGACAUACUACCAUGCGACAGAAUUUCGGAAGGAAGUUCAGCAAAGGUCGUUCCAUCUCCGAAUGUAGAUACCUCCACUCCAACCAGUACGGAGUCAUCUCAAAACAAAUCCUCCCAACAAUAUGUUUACGCCGAAAUUAAGCUAUCUUCGGAUACAUCCACUCUGAGCAGCCUCGCUUUCCACACUCCACCAGUUCCUACCCACCCCUCCAAAUCCAAAGCUAAGGCAAUUUCUCCCGAACUCCAAGUUUAUGACGAGAUAGAGAAUAAGAAUGAACAAAUAAAGUUCAAAGAUCUCAGUUUCAACGUUCCAUCCUCAACACCUAUUCCCUCAGCUUUAAUAGACCAUCCAAAUGCUUCACUUGAGAGAAGGCGGCUGGAGAGUCAACUUUUUGAGCCUGUGAAAAGAAUAUUCGCCCAACUUUGCAGAUCCUUCCGACCCACUGAUAAACUCAAUCAUCUAGUCAAUAUAUUUCAGUGCAUUGAUUCUCAGGUUUCCUUAAGUCUGUCGUCGUCCGACCAUCUAAAGGAUUCCUCGGAUCCGGCAAAACUGACGCUAUAUGCCAUCGUGUUUGCACUGACGGACCUUCUAAAACCAUCCAAGCGUCUCUAUGACAAAAUUCGGAAUCAAAUAGCAGAAGGCAACACCUCCGAUAUCAGUCGAAUUGAAGUGCAUCGGCUUUACUUAGAAGCUCUCAUUUCACCAGCUUGCCUUGCAUCCAGUGCGGAAGGAUGCCGACGGCUCACGGAGCUUAUUUGUCUCCUUCGGUAUAUUGACAAUUUCAAGAGAUAUGGAUCCCCAGCUGAUGAAAUACGAAUCUUAUGCCUACGUCGGAUCCAUUCGACAGAACUAGAGGAGAUCCCAUGGAGUCCAAAUCUUUAUAAACUCAGACGAUCUUUCACGGAUAAUAUUCAAGAGGCCCUUCAGCGAAGCACUCAUCAAACUUUGACAACUGGUAGCUUUUCACCGCCUUCUUUGAAGAAAUCGACUAGAAAAAUAUGUGAUCGUGAUGGGAGUAUUAAAACAACUAGUUCAAUAUCAAUUUCUGGUUCAUCUUUCAUUGUUCUUGCGGCGAUGGAAUCAAAGAAGACACUUGUUCCCUUUGAAGUUCCUCUACGAUCCAGCAUGACAGUUCGAGAGCUGUGCAACAUGCUGGCUUUAAAACUCGCGCAGGCACGUACCUGUUAUAAUAUAACGCAAAUCAGAACUUUUUACCAUAAUAUGCAAGUUCUUUUAGAUAUCCCCAUGUCAGAUAAUCUUCACCUGGAAUCUUUCUUAACUCAAAACUAUGGCGAGGAAUGUGGUUUUUCUGUCAGCUCCCUCGCAAGUAUUGAAAGCUUCUGUGAGAAUUCCUCCCAACCCUCCACACCCAAAAUGUCCAAUAUCCGACGCAUAUUUCGGCGUCGAAAGCGCAUUGCCAGCUCUGAUUCCGCGUUAAGGUGGUUGGAGUCUCCAAAACCUUCUCGUCGGUGCUUUAUCGAGGGUCAGGAUGAAGAACGACGACCUUCCGUAGAUUGGAGCUCAUUGGGCAGAAAAAAUCCCCACUUCGUUCUUAUUUACCGUCGUCGGAGCUAUGAUGUCGUGCUCUAUGCCAAUGAUUUAUUUGAAUGUCUUCCCAGUGCUGGAAAACUCAUCUAA